AUGGCAAGAACGGGUCUUUUGCCGCUCCACGCCAUCACUAACACCUCAGUAAGUGAGAUGAAGAGAUUUACGGGGACAAUCAAUGGUAGCAUGAUUAAGGUAUUCGUGGAUUGCAGGUCAGCCAUGAACUUCUUGAACCUAGAUGUUGCAUCUCGAUUGGGACUCAAAACGGGCGAAGCUCCACCGCUCCGUUUCACCACCGCCACUAGCGAAUUGGUCUCCACUUCGCAGCAAGCCUUCGAUGUUCUGGUCACAAUCCAAGGCUAUCUCUUCAAAUCUUCCUUCCUGCUGCUACUAGUUCCUGGCUGCGAUUUGCUUCUCGGUACACCAUGGCUGGAUUCACUUGGUUUUGUAGGGUGGCUUUUUUUGGAGAAACUGAUGGUAUUCAUGGCUAAUGGUUGUCGUCAAGUUCUUCAAGGUAUCACAAAGAAACAUAGAGCAGUGGACCACAACUCCUUCAUGGCUCUAAUGACCCAAGAGCACUUGGACCCAAACUCAAAUCACUUGGGCCCUCAUGUGCCUCCUGCUACGACCCAUGGUCAUGAAGUGCAACAAUUGAUCACAAACUACGGGGAUUUGUUUGUCACUCCGACGGGCCUUCCACAGGUCAGGCCCAUUGACCACCGCAUUUCUCUUCGGCCCACCGGUCAUGAAGUCAAUGUUUGCCCAUACCGUUACUCACACUCCCAGAAGGCAAAAUUGGAAAGCCAAGUGAAAGAGAUGCUUUCUAAUGGGCUCAUAUGUCCUAGCCAUAGCCCAUUCUUUUCCCCAGUUCUCUUAGUGAUAAAGAAAAAAGGGCGUUGGCGGUUUUGCAUCGAUUAUCGAGAGCUCAAUACCAUCACCAGCAAAGACCGUUUUUCCAUUCCAGUCAUUGAUGAGCUCCUUAAUAAACUCCAUGGCGCCAAGUUCUUCUCAAAGUUGGACCUACGUGUGGGUUAUCACCAAAUCCGUAUGUGUGAGGAUGACAUUCACAAAACUGCCUUUCAUACCCAUGGCGGUCACUACGAAUUCAUGGUAAUGCCCUUUCUAAUAUAUGCAUCGUCUACAUGUGUUUAA